UUUGUUGAAACAGAGGAUGUGCAGAUUCAGAAUUCUAAUGUAAAUGCUAUGCUAAUUGUGCGAAUUGGAUGGAAUGGUGAACCCGGAAUUCCCGGGAUAUCUGCUUGGGUACCCAUUUGUUUAAUGGUUGCAACUUUGCAAAGGGUUGUUUGUGGAGAUCGCUUGUUCUGAUAGGGGAUUACUAGGAUAGAUUAUGGGCUGCAUUUGCUCAAAAGGAGCAGCCGAAGAUGAUGUAGUCGAUGAGAAUGAGAGAGGGAAGGAAUUAAGCAAGUCCUCUGUGCAAUUGAUUGCCCCAGCUUCCUCGAAGAGGGAAGACGAAUUUGUAGUAAAUGUGAGUGGAAGCAAGCAUGGAUCUGUCCGUCCAGUGGUUAAGGCAAAUGAGGGAUCUGUUCAUGCUCCAUUGGAAGGGGGAGAGGAGAAAACACAAAUUGUGGAUAGGCCUACGAAAGGCCAUCCCCAGAGACGGGCAACAAUGGAUUUGGAAGAAAGUGGAGAGCGAGCACAUAUGACUAGAUUAGUAAGCAUGCCACAUGGUGCUGAAGGGGAACAAAUCGUUGCCGGGUGGCCAUCUUGGUUAACUUCAGUCGCGGGAGAGGCCAUCAAAGGGUGGGUGCCUCGACGGGCAAAUUCCUUUGAGAAAUUAGAGAAAAUUGGACAAGGAACUUACAGCAGUGUGUAUAAGGCUCGCGAUCUUGAAACUGGUAAAAUUGUUGCAAUGAAGAAGGUGAGGUUUGUAAAUAUGGAUCCUGAAAGUGUCCGCUUCAUGGCUCGGGAAAUCUAUAUUUUACGGAAACUUGACCAUCCGAAUGUUAUGAAGCUGGAGGGUCUAGUCACCUCAAGGUUGUCAGGUAGCUUACACCUUGUCUUUGACUAUAUGGAGCAUGACCUUUCUGGACUUGCGGCAACCCGUGGUAUCAAGUUUACUGAAGCUCAGAUCAAAUGUUAUAUGCAGCAAUUACUUUGUGGGCUUGAACACUGCCACAGUCGUGGUGUCCUGCACCGAGACAUCAAGGGUUCAAAUCUUCUUGUUAACGACAAUGGAGUCCUCAAAAUUGGAGACUUUGGUCUGGCAACUUGUUAUCAGCCUGAUCAGAAUCAGCCAUUGACUAGCCGCGUUGUAACUCUCUGGUAUAGGCCACCCGAACUUUUGCUCGGUGCUACAGACUAUGGACCUGCUGUAGAUUUGUGGAGCACUGGUUGCAUCCUGGCAGAGCUGUUUGCUGGGAAGCCUAUUAUGCCUGGAAGGACGGAGGUGGAGCAAAUGCAUAAAAUAUUCAAGCUUUGUGGUUCGCCCUCAGAGGAAUACUGGCAAAAGACUAAAUUGCCACAUGCAACUAGUUUCAAACCUCAACAACCCUACAAGCGUUGUGUUGCUGAGACAUUUAAAAAGUUUCCUCCCUCAGCAUUGGCUCUUGUUGAUAAACUCCUUGCAAUGGAACCAGAGAAUCGGGGAACCAUUGCUUCGGCACUUGGAAGUGAGUUCUUCAGAACCCAGCCCCUUCCUUGUGAUCCAUCAAGUUUACCAAAAUAUCCUCCAAGCAAGGAACUAGACCUGAAGCUUCGUGAUGAGGAAGCAAAAAGGCGUAAAGCAGAAACUGUAAAAGGGCGUGGACCUGAAUCUGUUAGAAGGGGUUCAAGAGAUAUUAAGGGAGUACCGACUCCGGAAUUCAUCGCUCAGGGACAGCCAAAAACUACCAGUUCCAGUCAUAAAUAUGAUCUGCAACAGGACAGUGGUUCUGGCUUCCGAAUUGAGCCACCAAGAGGAUCUUUGCAAAAUGGUUACUCUCAUUCCAAUUCAAUGAUUCAUCCCAGUGUAGUUGGAUCAUCAUGGAAUAAGAGUGUAGGCUCGGGAAGAAGUAAUGCAGAGUUGAAAGCUCAUAGAUAUCAAAUGCCUCAAGCAGCAGUGGACUUGUCUGCCUCCUCUCUCAAUAAGGACGAUAGACUGUUCGUCAAAGAUUCUACAGGGGGGUAUGCUCCUAAGAAAAACAGAAUCCAUUACUCUGGACCAUUGAUGCCCCCUGGAGGAAACAUAGAAGACUUACUCAAGGAGCACGAGAGACAAAUUCAACACGCUGUACGUAAAGCCCGUCUUGAGAAGUCUGGGACCAAAAACAACUUUGACAGGGUUUACGUUCUGCCACAUAAUCGAGGAAAAUACGAACAAUAAUGUCAUGAAGUUGUCGACUCCAUCACCUUGUUCUUUCCCCGACUUGCAUAUGCAAUUUCACCUCACUGAGAAUCUCCUUACUGACAUAGUGGUGAUAUGAUCUAUCCUGCGGACAUGGAACGGUACGAGGUGAUCAUCUUAAAUUGGGUGGAGAUUUGAGAUUCUUUUGCAGUGAAAUUUGUUUUCAAAGUUGUCUAUUUAGUGAAAAGGAAGGAUCUUGUGCGCAUUUUCUUUUUGGUCAUCUGCUUGUGGACAGGGAGUGUUGUGCAUAGAGGAAAAGGGUGAUUUGGCUGAAGCC